UGCCAUGUUGACAAUACAUUUCUCAAUCUGUGUCUGAAACAUUCACAGACAGAGUUGUUAUAUCAGUCAGAAUGACCAUGUCAGAAAACAAAAGUCGUGCGCUUCGAGGCGAGCUUUACUAUGCAUUCACACCAGAAAUGGUCAACGGCCGCCGUCGAUGUACCCAAGCUUGCAAUCGAUACAAUAAUGCCGGGGAAGUGACAAGGAGACGCCAAGUAGAAUUGUGGCGAGAUAUCGUUGGCGACAAGUCUCCACUCCCGGACAAAGCACAAACGGAAGAAGACGACGAAGAACUCUUCGCUAACGAUGCUUGGGUUGAACCGCCGGUUCGAAUUGAUUAUGGGACGAAUGUCGAACUCGGCAAGAAUGUUUUCAUCAAUUUCAAUUGUACCAUUCUGGACACCUGCAAAGUCCGGAUUGGCUCUAGAACUUUGAUCGCCAGCAACGUGUCAUUGUAUAGUGGCACUCAUCCUCUAGAUCCUGAGGUACGUAAUGGUACUCAAGGACCAGAGCUGGGUGGCGAGAUCAACAUUGGCGAAGAUUGUUGGCUCGGCGGGAAUGUGAUCAUCUUGCCAGGGGUUACCAUCGGACAGGGUUGCACGGUUGGAGCUGGUAGUGUCGUGACGAAGGAUGUUCCUCCCUAUAAAGUUGUCGCUGGCAACCCGGCCCGGAUCAUCAAAGAUGUACCCCGGGGGACAAAAGCAGAAGUGUCGAGUGGAGCUCUAGCAGCGCUCCAGCGAGAUGAGGAGGAAGAAGCAGGGCCAUGAGCCUGUCGGGACAGCAUUACGACAAGACAGGAAUGUAACUUCAUGACUUAUGCCCUUCACGAGUUAAUUUGCUCCAGCCAGGGAGUAUGACGGGGCAGACUAUCUAUUGGAAGAAAGCCGUGGACGACGAAACCCAUAUCUCCGACCUCUUUUGCAAGCGUCAAAUGCAUCAAGC